ACUAACUGAUUAUUUAACACACUUAAUUUGCUUCCAGCUUUGCUAAUUGUUCUAACAUCACGUUUGCACUUAACAAUUCACAGCAGUCGGUUUAUUAGACAAUUGUAAUUUUAAAAAGUCUCAUCUCGGAGCGUAAUGUAAGCAAAUGAUUUCCUCCCAUUAUUGUCAUCAACAUGUGCAGCCCAGCCUGCCUGCGCCGCGCGGUGCGAAUUGUGUGCAAAUUGCUUUCCUAAUUGUGCCUCUGCUGGGAAGGGGGGUGCAGACGGGUGGGGGGGGUUAGGGGGGUCUUUUGUAUUCUCUCUCUCUCUGUGUCGCUCGCUCGCCCGCCCGCCUGCUCCAUCGCCUUCUCUCCCUGCGUCUGCUUGUGACUCGCUUGGCCGCUUUGACCCUCGGUGGACGGCUGGCUGGCUGGCUGGUUGGUCUCCGCUCUUCUCUCGCUGUCGCAAUGAGGUGUGCUGCCUUUCAUUCUCUCCUCUGCUCCAUGUCUGACUACGCUGCCUCUGAAAAGGAUUUGGGGGGCACUGGGGGGACUCCUGGAAACGCAAACAAAAAAGUGGUACUGGGCACCCGUCACUCUGGAAUGUUCUCCCCGUUAGAAAAAGGGUUGUGACAGAAACGGGCCAUUCAGUCAUCACAUGCACUUUAUUAAUGGAAAAUAGCAACGGGUCACACUCUCGAAUGUCCCUAAAGUCCACCUGCCCACCACAUUACCUGGCGACACGUUUGUCUGGGCACAGAGCUGUGCUGCGUAACUCCAGAGUGACCCCAUAUGAGAGAGCGCGUGCUCGGAUGGACUUGACACCACAAAGUGAGUUUGCUGAUGAACCUCUCAUUGUAAACAAUAAGCUGCACCCCAGGAUGAGGUGACAGAAGGACCCCUGUAUGUGUGCGUCCUCGGACGGACUGGCACCCCACGACACUUAAGUGCAUGAUGGGGGAGUUCCGCAGCAGGUUUUCUCAGUAGACCACCCACACUAAUGUUUAGCAUUAAGGUGACAUGCAGCCAUGUGAAAAAGUAAGUGCACCCCGUGGAAUCAGCUGACUCUGAACAGGCAAACAUUCGAUCUUCUUACAAGCAGGGCCUACAGGUAAAGGUGACCGCUACUUGAUCAAAUGGCACAUCAAACUGACAUGGGGUCUUCUGUAUCAAACUGACAUGGGGUCUUCAUUCUCAAUCAAAUGCAGAUUUGUCACCUGAAAAAAAAAAAUAAGUCCACCCCUCCAUUUAUCAGCACUUCAGAUCCAUCAGAUUAGAAUCAGGUGUUCCAGACGAGGUGCCAGUGAUCAGGACCCCCCUUAGGGAGUCUGCAGGAGGACCUGGCAGUCUUAUUUAAGGUGCAGAUAUCGAGAGUCUGGGGUUCAUUUUGCUAUUGGGGUGUGUGAUGCCAUCAUGCCAAGAUCAAAAGAGCUCUCCAGGACCGUCAGGAAGAAGGUUGUGGAUGCCAAGGAGUCUGCCAAGGGACUUCAAAUCACUUGAAAUCUGUGCCACUCGUAGUGGAGGGAUAGUCAAGUGACUGCCGAUUUGUUCAGGACUGGCCGGCUUGGCAAUUUCAGCCCAAGAGGUGACCACAUGAUAUGAAAAGAAGUCGCCAAGAACACCAAAAUUUCACGUUGGGAUCUGCAGGUAACUCUUGCGACAGUUGGUGUCAAAGUACAGACAUCUGCAAGCAGAAGGGGAUUUGCACAAAUAUGACCAGCAUGCCAGGUGUGCCAGGGAAAGCCUUUGCUUUUGUCAUUGAAGAUCUAAGGCAAAGAGCCGGCCAUCUGGACAGGUAACAGCAGACAUGCCUGGCAGCAUUUCAGGAGAAGAACCUCAUGCCAAGUGUGACGCUUGAUGGUGGAGGUGUUCUGGUCAGGGCCCGGGCAGCUUGCAGUCAUCAAGUCCUCCAUGAAUUCUGUAGCCUGGCAAAGUACGUGUGAGGAGAAUGUGAGGCCAACUGUCCUAAACUUGAGGAUGAGCUGGAAAUGGACCUUUCAGCACUAAAAUGAUCUGAAGCACACCAGCAGGUCCACCAAGGGAAGGCUCAAAAAGAAGACAUGGACGGGUUGUGGACUCAUCGAGGAAACCGGCAGAUAUGUACGAAAACCUACAGACAUCUUGAAACUGAAAGAAUUGUGUGUGGAGCACUGGUCCAAAAUGUCACCGAGUUGAUGUUGGAAACUGCAAAACGCCUACAAGAAGUCAUUUCUGCUAAAGGGGGUACAAAGCCAGCUUCUGAGGCCAAGGGUGGACUUGCGUUUUCCCCCAGUGGACCAUUACAUAUACACCACCUGUGCUAGCCAUCUAAGACGGGUUGACAUCAAAUGUAAUCCACGUAGACCUCGGCCUGUAUUAGUGUCAAUUGGAAUUCAUUUUGUAGUGCAAGUAGCAAUAAAGUGCAUUUCAUUUUUCAUUCCAACAGAUGGUGCAUCACAAGCAUUUGUAGUAAUAAAAUUCAUUAGUUCAGAUGUUUGUGAUGCGGAACUUGUUGAAUUGUCAGACAUAGCAUCUGGACAGACACACGGACGCACAGACAUUUAUCUCUUCACUAGCUAUGUUACUUUUCCUAAGAUGGCAUGUAAUGUAAUAGCUUUUGUCAUUCCCACAGAUGGCACAUCACAAACAUUGGCACUGCUUUUGAAAUCUAAGUGGUCAAUGUAGGCCGCAGGGUUAAUGUUUGCAGUGCACCUUGUAGUGCAUUUUAUUACCGAAGAUGUUUGUGAGGCGCCAUGUGCUGGAAUGAUGAAUGCAAUGCAUUUUAUUAAAGGUGUUUGUGAGGUGCCAUCUGUUGGAAUGGUGAAUGCAAUGCAUUUUAUUAAAGGUGUUUGUGAGGUGCCAUCUGUUGGAAUGACGAAUGCAAUGCAUUUUAUUACUAAAGAUGUUUGUGAGGUGCCAUCUGCUGGAAUGACGAAUGCAAGGCAUUUUAUUAAAGGUGUUUGUGAGGUGCCAUCUGUUGGAAUGGUGAAUGCAAUGCAUUUUAUUAAAGAUGUUUGUGAGGUGCCAUCUGUUGGAAUGACAAAUGCAAUGCAUUUUAUUACUAAAGAUGUUUGUGAGGUGCCAUCUGCUGGAAUGAUGAAUGCAAUGCAUUUUAUUAAAGGUGUUUGUGAGGUGCCAUCUGUUGGAAUGAUGAAUGCAAUGCAUUUUAUUAAAGGUGUUUGUGAGGUGCCAUCUGCUGGAAUGACGAAUGCAAGGCAUUUUAUUAAAGGUGUUUGUGAGGUGCCAUCUGUUGGAAUGGUGAAUGCAAUGCAUUUUAUUAAAGAUGUUUGUGAGGUGCCAUCUGUUGGAAUGAUGAAUGCAAUGCAUUUUAUUAAAGGUGUUUGUGAGGUGCCAUCUGUUGGAAUGAUGAAUGCAAUGCAUUUUAUUACUAAAGAUGUUUGUGAAGUGCCAUCUGCUGGAAUGACGAAUGCAAUGCAUUUUAUUAAAGGUGUUUGUGAGGUGCCAUCUGUUGGAAUGGUGAAUGCAAUGCAUUUUAUUACUAAAGAUGUUUGUGAGGUGCCAUCUGCUGGAAUGAUGAAUGCAAGGCAUUUUAUUAAAGGUGUUUGUGAGGUGCCAUCAGUUGGGAUGACACGCAGUGCAUUUACUAAAAAUGUUUGAUGCGUCAUCUGUUGGAGUGAUAGACAUAACCACUAGAUGGGCACACAGAGACUUAUUCUUUAAUUAAGGUGGGUUCAUAUUUUUAUUGAAUAAAUGAUCACUUGUGUGUUACACUUUUGUCUGUAGGUGAUGCGUCAGAUGCGCUGAAAGUGUCCACAGAGUCCAUGGGGUGUACUUACUUGUUCACAGGACUGUAGUUCCCCACAUACCCAUUUGUGCUCACUUGCAGUUUGUGGUCCUGGCUCGGUAAGGUGUGAGUAGGCCUGAGUAGGACUCUGCCAGCGCACUCUGCCAUUUCAAGCCCCUGGAGCAGGUGUGCCCCUCACUCUUCCUGUCCGCACCCAACAUGAUUUCGGCCAUUUUGCUCCUAACGGGGCCCUUGCCCGGUGCCCCCACUCUGCCCAGACUGCUUGUUUGUGUUUCCAGCCCCCGUUCUUUGCUACCAUUUUUCUUUUUCCUUGAAGGUCAUCCGUUAUUGGAAAAGUGACAGCCCUACAGCCUGUAGGCCACCAGUCGCCUCUGCCCAGUUUAUAGCGCCUUUGUCUCUCCGAGUGUUUGCUAAAUUGAGUUUCUUCUUCUCUGUGUC